AUGUCAUCCAACACCUACACAGGCUCCUGCCACUGCCACCUCGUCUCCUUCACCGUUGUCCUCCCUCGACCCCUCUCCCAAACAGAAGUAUGCAACUGUAAUUGCAUCAUCUGCACAAAGAACGGCUAUUUAACUGUCUAUCCCAAGAAAGACGACGUGGUGGUUAAGGGAGAGCAGGAGUUGAAAAGAUAUGAAUGGGAAGGAAGUAGUUGUACGCAUCUUUUUUGUGGAGGGUGUGGGAGUAGUCUUUUCGUUGAGUUGAAGCAGGCUCAGGAGGGGAGGGAUGGGGGGAGGGCGAGGGAGAAGGGGGAACGGGGGGUAAAUGAUGCUGGAUGGUGUUGA